AUGCCACACAAAGCAUUGCAACAACUUUUGAAAUCUGGAGCUGCUGGUCUGGAUCCACUCUAUAAACAAAUUCUUUCCUCUGCUUCUGGGACAAUGGCUCUUUAUCAGAUUCUUGGAACAAUCAUGAUUCUGGAGGAUAACAAAUCCAUCUCUUUUCUUAGCUCCCUCCUCAAUCUUCAGCAUGAGGAGGUUAUUCAUGAGCUACUGGGGGUACAGUCAAUUAUCAAAAUUCCUGGGGAUGAUAAUGAGCCUAUCAUGCUCUAUCACACAUCUCUGCGAGAUUUUCUGACCCUCAAAUCACGAUCAGAGCAAUAUUUCAUUGAUCCUCCUCUGCGACACCUUCAUCUGGCCAUACACUGUUUGGAGCAUCUGGCAAAAUAUCCUUCAAAGGACUUUUUUGAUGCUCAUGUCGCCAACUAUGCUUGCUAUAAAUGGCCACACCAUAUUCUGUUAGGAUUUGAGGGCAAGCAGACAUUAAAUGUGGAUGAAACAAUCAUGACCUCUUUGGUAACUCUCAUCAAAAUUUUACUGACAUUUCAUAGUAAGACAUGGUAUAAUACCAUGGUGACUUUUGGAACUCGUGGGAGACUGAGGGUGUUAAAGUCCAUGAGAAAGGCAAAGGAUUUGUUUCAAACAUCACAGGGGUCAAUUGCUACAAGAAAUUUGACAGAGCUAUUUCAACAAGUUAUUGAUUUUCAUGAAGAGCAUGUAAGCCAAGCCACAAUAACAAUUUAUGGGUGUUGA